AUGCCGAAGAACAGCAAAGUGACCCAGCGUGAGCACAGCAACGAGCAUGUCACUGAGUCGGUGGCUGAUCUGCUGGCCCUCGAGGAGCCUGUGGACUAUAAGCAAAGUGUACUGAAUGUAGCUGGUGAGUCAGGUGGCAAGCAGAAGGCAGCGGAGGAGGAGCUGGAUGCAGAGGACCGGCCAGCCUGGAAUAGCAAACUGCAGUACAUCCUGGCCCAGAUUGGCUUCUCUGUGGGCCUUGGCAACAUCUGGAGAUUCCCUUACCUGUGCCAGAAAAAUGGAGGGGGUGCCUACCUGGUGCCCUACCUGGUGCUGCUGAUCAUCAUUGGCAUCCCCCUCUUCUUCCUGGAGCUGGCUGUGGGCCAGAGGAUCCGCCGUGGCAGCAUCGGUGUGUGGCACUACGUGUGUCCCCGCCUGGGAGGCAUUGGCUUUUCCAGCUGCAUUGUCUGCCUCUUUGUCGGGCUAUAUUAUAAUGUGAUCAUCGGAUGGAGCAUCUUCUACUUCUUUAAGUCCUUCCAGUACCCACUGCCCUGGAGUGAAUGUCCUGUCAUCAGGAAUGGGACUGUAGCAGUGGUGGAGGCAGAGUGUGAGAAGAGCUCAGCCACUACCUACUUCUGGUACCGAGAAGCCUUGGACAUCUCCAACUCCAUCUCCGAGAGUGGAGGCCUCAACUGGAAGAUGACGCUGUGCCUCCUUGUGGCCUGGAGCAUUGUGGGCAUGGCUGUUGUCAAGGGCAUCCAAUCUUCUGGCAAGGUGAUGUAUUUCAGCUCCCUCUUUCCCUACGUGGUGCUGGCCUGCUUCCUGGUCCGAGGGCUCCUGCUGCGAGGGGCUAUUGAUGGCAUCCUACAUAUGUUCACUCCUAAGCUGGACAAGAUGCUGGAUCCCCAGGUGUGGCGGGAGGCAGCCACACAGGUCUUCUUUGCUCUGGGGCUGGGCUUUGGCGGUGUUAUCGCCUUCUCUAGCUACAACAAGCAGGACAACAACUGCCACUUUGACGCUGCCCUGGUGUCCUUCAUCAACUUCUUCACCUCGGUGUUGGCCACCCUCGUGGUAUUCGCUGUGCUGGGCUUCAAGGCCAACAUCAUGAAUGAGAAGUGUGUGGUUGAGAAUGCUGAGAAAAUCCUGGGGUACCUCAACUCCAAUGUCCUGAGCCGAGACCUCAUCCCUCCCCAUGUCAACUUUUCCCACCUGACCACCAAGGACUAUGCGGAAAUGUACAGUGUCAUCCGGACCGUAAAGGAGGAUAAAUUCUCGACUCUGGGCCUGGAUCCCUGCCUCCUAGAGGAUGAGCUAAAUAAGUCCGUGCAGGGCACAGGCUUGGCCUUCAUCGCCUUCACUGAGGCCAUGACACACUUCCCUGCCUCCCCUUUCUGGUCCGUCAUGUUCUUCCUGAUGCUCAUCAACCUGGGCCUGGGCAGCAUGAUCGGGACCAUGGCGGGCAUCACCACUCCCAUCAUCGACACGUUCAAGGUACCCAAGGAGAUAUUCACAGUGGGCUGCUGUGUCUUUGCAUUCUUCGUGGGGCUGUUGUUCGUCCAGCGCUCUGGAAACUACUUUGUCACCAUGUUUGAUGACUACUCAGCCACCCUGCCACUCACCGUCAUCGUCAUCCUUGAGAACAUCGCUGUGGCCUGGAUCUAUGGAACCAAGAAGUUCAUGCAGGAGCUGACAGAGAUGCUGGGCUUCCAACCCUACCGCUUCUACUUCUACAUGUGGAAGUUUGUGUCUCCACUGUGCAUGGCUGUGCUGACCUCAGCCAGCAUCAUCCAGCUGGGGGUGACACCCCCAGGCUACAGCGCCUGGAUCAAAGAGGAGGCUGCAGAGCGCUACUUGUAUUUCCCCAACUGGGCCAUGGCACUCCUGAUCACCCUCAUCAUCGUGGCAACCCUGCCCAUGCCAGUGGUCUUCAUCCUGCGACACUUCCACCUGCUCUCUGAUGGUUCCAACACCCUCUCCGUGUCCUACAAGAAGGGCCGCAUGAUGAAGGACAUCUCCAACCUGGAGGAAAAUGAUGAGACUCGCUUCAUCCUCAGCAAGGUGCCCAGCGAGGCGCCCUCCCCCAUGCCCACCCACCGCUCCUACCUGGGGCCCGGCAGCACGUCACCCCUGGAGACCAGUGGCAAUCCCAAUGGACGCUAUGGAAGCGGCUACCUCCUGGCCACCACUCCUGAGUCAGAGCUGUGACCACUGCCCCCAGCCUGCCCACUCUUCCCCCAUGCCCAGCCUGCCCAUUUGUCUGGGCCUGGCCUCUUCCUCCACAGUAGCCGCCAGGCCCUCUGCCGAAGAAGAGAGGGUCCUCCCUCCCUCAUUCUCUACCCCUGUCCCAACAGACUCUAAUUCCUAGCCCAAUCACGAGACUAGGGACAAUUCUGUCCCCUAAUCCAGGCCCCCGAUCCACCUGACUCUCAGAACCUCUCACCAAAUUGCAGCCAUGUAACCAGAACCAUCCAGAAGCCCUGAUUCCCAAUAUAGCAGGGACUCCAAGUGGCCAUUGAAGAGUCACUCCACUCCCCUCUCUCCCUGUACCCUGCCCCCUACCGUCCUUAGGCCUGGGGAGGGUCUCCUUGUGCUGCCACACGGCUGUAGAGAGAGGCAUCAGCCUUAGAGGUGCACAGGAGGACUUUGGCAGGCUGCUUAAAGCUGGGGAUGGGAACAGACAUCCCAGGAGUGUGUGGAAGCUUCCAGAUCCUGUUUUGUGAGGUAGGUGCAGCCCUCCAGCUUGAGCAUGGACUCUGGCAGCAAGGGGUAUCCCCAGGUGUAAGGACCGUUGGAUGUCUGUGUCCCUACCUGGUGUGAGUGGGCUGUGCUCUUGCAGCCUGCCAGAACCUACCCACCUCGGUUAGGGAUUGGCCACUGCCCAGCCCCUCCCAUCAGCCUGGAGGGGAGGGUGUUGGCCUCUUCGUCUUUCCCCCAGCCAGAAGGGGGCAGUGCAAGGUGAGGCUUCCAGGGCCCAACUUGGUAGUUCCCAGCGCAGUUCAGAUGGGUUGGAGCACAAUUGUGAAGCACACUCUUGCCUCCCCUUACCUGGGCCCAGUUUUCUUUCUAGUGGCAGCUUCUCCCCUGGAAUGGGGUCCCUGGAAUGGGGUCCCAGGGGGUUGUCCUCAGGAAGCGUCAUUCCUGAGGAAAAGACAGGUAAUUUCCGUGCCCCUUUGGGCCACCACUCACUUCCCUCAUCUCACAAGCACAGCCCCCAGUGUGCACAUCCUGUGCAGGCGCCUUGAAAACCUUUCCUGUGCUUCUCUGACCCGUGGCAGACAGCCACAGAUAGUGCUUCAGAUGCUGGAGGUUGCCAGGGACAAAGUAGAGCCUCUGUCCUGAGGUCCAGCACCCAAAGGAGGCUGCAGCUGAUGGCAGUGACCCUGCUAGCUCUUCCCUUCAGGGCCUCCCCUGGAGGAGGAAUUGCUCUGGGACUAUAGCCUGUGAGGACUCAGAUCCUGAACGGAGAAUAAAUGUUCAGAGAGAGAGAUGAAUGGACGGACGGAUGGAUGGAUGGAUGAGGGAUGGGUAGAUGUACAGACAAAUGGAUUGGUGGAUGGAAAGGCUAGAGGAAGACUGGCUCUGUCUUUGAGAGUUUGCCAGGACAGAGCAUCCCACAGUUCUAGGUUUGGGCAUCUUUACAGUUGGUUCUGAGUUACAUUUGUGACCCUGGAUGCUCUCAGCCCUGGGAAGGGCAGACUAGGCCCAGGUCCUCUCUUGUACUUCUGAUCCCCUGGUCCCCCCUCCCCAGUGUGCCAUCUCCAUUACUCAUCCCUCCUCCACCCACAUCUCUCAUUUCUAGCCUUCUCAGCCCCACCUGUCCUUCUUGAGUGUUCGAGGGGAAAGGGAGAUCACCCCACCCAUAUCUUCACAAAGAGAGGCCCCUUACCUGCCAACACCCCCUACCUGGCUCCAUGCCUAGUCCCGAGCAGAAUUAGCAACAGGAAGAGCAAGGCCCCAGGAGACACUCCACUAUCUAUACUCUUCUAUACAUGCUAUUUCUAGUGUACAUUCAAUCUGUACAUGUGGGUGUAAAUGCUGUGAAAUGACAAACCCAAUAUUAUACUGUGGCUGGUGGACUAUUUUCAUCCUCAGUGCUGUACAGAUCUAUUUUCAUUGUAUAUUUGAUAUAUUUUUAAUUCUGUAGCAUGGCUGGGCCAGGCCCCAGCCCAUGAGCCUGCAGGAGGGGCUGAGCUGGGGCUGGUUGCUUGCUUGUUGUGGGCUCAGUAGUGUUUGUCAUAGCCUUUCACUGUCGGCCUGGCUCUGUCCUGGCUGUGUCUUUGCUGUGUGUUAGCCAUAGGGCCCAGAGCUUGAGGUGCGCACGCACGCGCGCGCGCGUGUGUGUGUGUGUGUGUGUGUGUGUGUGUGUGUAUGUGUGGCGUGCACAUCUGUGGGUGUGAGUGUAGGUAGGGUGCUUAUUUGUGACCCCCAGUGUUCACCACCUUCCUGGAGACCAUGCUGCCUCCCUGUCUCUCCCCUUCUCUCAGCUCUGUGGGUGAGGCCUCAGAGCUGGCAUCCUGAAAUCCCAGCUUCGAGGAAAGGCAAGUGUUUCUUGCUGGUGACUUGCUGCCUCCAUGUCUCUGGGUGGAAGGAGGGCCUUGAGGGGAAAGCCCCAAAUUUAUUAUCCAGUCAACUUCUUGCUAUUCCCACUGGAGUCACAAGUUCCUCUGCAGGAAAAGUCCUGGGUUUCUUAACAUGGUGAGACCUCAAAAAGGUGUCUCACAGCACUUCUGUCCUUGAGAUGGCCCUCGACUUCUUACUCGGAAAGGAACAGUUGGCCCGACUGUGCUUCUGACACCUCUGCUUGCUCCACAGAGCAGUCAGGAGCAGGUGGGACACCUGACAAGCUGAGAUCCAGUUGCAGCUUUCCUGGGGAAGCAGGAGGUGGCCAGAGAGGGGCAGCUCCUCAAAUUCCUGCCCAGGGCCCCCGCCUCCACUGGCUUUGGUGCUGUCCAUGCAGUGCCCACCAGGAGACAGAGGGGCUCCAGGGCGGUAGUCACUGAGUUGGGGCAGGGUGGGGGGGCGUGCCUGUCAAAGACCCCUGGCCCUGCCUCCCCCAUUCCCCAAUCACCAGCUUCUUGCUCAGGGAGCCUUCCGCCCUGUCCACUGAGGCAACAUGAAGCCAAGGCCCAUGACUGGUGGACAGGGUGGGGCACAAGAGGUGAUGUAGGUCAGGUUUGCUUCUGCCCUCCAGCAAUAACUGCAGGGACUGCUGCUUUCUCAGUGCCAGGAGGAGCCCUCCUGAGUCAGCCUGUGUAGACCAUGAGGCUGGGACCCAGAACCCAUGCAGGCCUGCAGCAGUAUUACAGGCAGGGGCUGCCCCUCUGUUCUUCCUCACAGCCGCCCACCCCUCACCAGAGUAUCCCCACCGUGAAAAGAGAAGUGAGACUGAUCAAGUUGCAAAGCACCUGACUCUGGGUCCCUGGGUGUACCCUGGGUGCCCGCACUAGGCCCCCGAAAGUGAGGACUGUUGCCCCCUUCACUGGAGCCCAAUGACGGGCUGGGGCACCCCUUCUCACGGAAAGGCCUGCUUUGUACAGACCCAAGCACACACACCAGGCAGUCACUUUGCGUCCUGGCACAAGUUUGAAACAGUUCAAGUCCAUGCAUCCCAUGGCUGGUCACGGCCCUCAGUCAGGACCACAGCCCAGAGGAGGGGAUGAGGCAUUGUCACCCCAGGGCCCUUUCUUUCUCUCUCCCCCAUCCUGGUGUACAAUAAAGUGUCUAUUCUUACCAAA